AUGACGGUGGAGAUGUACAAGAACCCCAAGUCAAUGGUCGAAGACCUUUCUGCUUUGGGCUUGCGCCAUGUGGGCUAUGCCAUCCCCACGGAGCUCUUUGCCCCCUUCGUCUCCAGCGCGGUGGACGUGGUGCGUACGAUGACCUCUGAUGAGAGCGCCGAGACGGGUUUCCGCUGGUCGUUGACCUUGGUAGCCAAGAUCCUCGUCCGGACCAUUUUGGAAGGCUCCACCAUUGUCAUGAAGGCCGUGAACACCAACUCUGAAAAGGCCUUGAAAAAGGCCAUCUCCGUGGCGCCCCGUGGGCGACGAGCCACGGACCUGCUGAACAUCACCGUAGGCUCUCAGUCUAUUUCACCCUUCUACUGGUCCAUUGAGAGUGGGAGCUUGAUUUGCGCAAAGGCCAUGCUGCAAGAUCUCUUGACGAUCCGCGCAGAUCGUGACCUUUACUACUAUGGAUGCGAUGCCUUGUUCACACGACAUCCGGAGCUGAUUCAUCGUUUGUGUGCCGAUGCACCUUCGCUUCUGCCAGUGGUCCUGGACCACCUGGUGUGGCGCUCUCGGUUGACUGUGGGAGGCUAUCGGCGCACCAACUACUACGUGAAGCACUUAGUUCAAGACCAGGAUGAGAACUUCAGCCAGGCCUUGGAGUGGCUGUCCGACUUCGGAGAGCCCAAGAUCAUUUGCCACCCUGUGGUGGUGCUCUUCGUGGACAUGAUUUGGUUUCACCUGGCCAUGUAUAGCUUCCUGGUUGGGCGAAUCUAUUUCUUGUUCAUGCUGUGCUUGUUCAUCACCAGUCAAGCGAUCAUCCCACGACUGCAAGCGGACCAUGCGCCCACAAGGGAGGAGAACAUUGCCCUCUUUGUGUGCCGAUGCAUGAUCUAUUUGGGCUCCAUGUUGAAGAUUUUCUAUAGCGACCUGGCACAACUCACGUUCGCGUCGCAGAGUGGUUCAGGGCCAGAUUCGCAUGCUCGUGGCGGAUUGCCGGAGUCGCUCUUUCGAGAGGUUCCUGGUGAUUCCCGUGCCGACAUAUUUGACCAGUUUUCAAGAGUUCGGCAACUUGAUCUUGUUGAUCAUUCUGAUUUUGAUGUGCACACAAGAGCCUAUCUUCUAUUGCCUGGGCACGCCGGAGUUUGA